AAAACAUUCAGUUGUGCUGGUUCUUAUGCAGGUUGGACAAAUAAUGAGGCAUAUUUUAAGCGUAGCUGAUGUUUUGUUUUCUGUUCAAUGUAACUUUGUUGAAGUCAACUAAUUGAAAAAUGUCUGAGGAAAAACAACCGCCAGCUUAUUCUCCUCAACCGGGCCAAUACCCACCACCGGGACAAUACCCGCCACCGGGACAAUACCCGCCACCGGGACAAUAUCCGCCACCGGGACAAUAUCCGCCACCAGGACAAUAUCCGCCACCUCAAAUGGCACCACAGCAGCAACAGCAACAGCAGGUGGUUGUAGUGAACUCGGGACAAGCGUCUAAUACCGUGAUAGUGCAAAGACGUGGAGUAAAUCACUGUCUUCACUGCUGUAUCUCCAUUUUCUUCUUUCCCUGGAUCAUCGUAUGGAUCAUUCUGUGCAUAACCGACGAUUCCUGAAAUGUGUGCGCUGUUCACAUUAUUCUAACUUCGAAAGUGAUCAGCUUCAAUCUUUCGUCCGUUGUUAAAACAUUUUUAAUGUAUCUCCCCUUAUACGUUUGCUAAAUUAAACAGAGACCUUUAGGAGUCGUGGGAGGGGGGGGGGGGGGGUGGGGGGGAGCGGGGUAGUGGCAUGUGUCCCCCACUUCAGGGCAUAAACGUGCGGAUUUUGUAAAAAACAAAACAAACAAACAUUUUGGUCAUACUCUUAUAUAAAUAAAGAUAGAAAAUGUGGUUUGUGCCUCCAACCCGCCUCGGUGGCGUCGUGGUUAAGCCAUCGGACAUACGACUGAUACGACUGGUAGGUACAGGGUUCGCAGCCCGGUACCGGCUCCCACCCAGAGCGAGUUUUAACGAAUCAGUGGGUAGGUAUAAG